AUGCAGAGCGGGGGCGCGCGAGCCAAGGAGGGAGACCCUUCUCCCCACCCCCCACACACGAGCCUCUUCCCUCGGCCUCGGCCGCCCCGGGGCCCGCGGCUCGCGCCGGGGGCGGGGCCUCGUAGCGCCCGCCGCCAACGGCCGCCGAGCAACGGUCUCCGUCGAGGGCGGGCGGCCAGCCCUCCGCAGCCACCUCCGAGGCUGGCCAAGGGUGAACAGAGGGGACCAGGGGAAGGCGGCAGGCCGCCCCCAACCCCGGCCAAGGCCGCGGACCCCGCCGCCGCCCGGGACCUGGCUCACCGUGCGUGCGCGGAGGCCGCUAAGGAUCCGGAACGGGGCAGCCGAGCGGGGGGGGGGAAGGUGGCGGUGUAUGCCGGGCUGUAUUGUACUGUCUGCCAGUGGGCUCAGGCCGCGCCGCGCCGCUCUGCCCCGUCCCUGCUGCUGCACCGAGAGCUGCCGCUAGCGAACUCGGAGACUGCCCGGUCAGGGACAAUAGGUGGGGGGGGAGAAGAGGCCUGGGCCCAUCCUUCAUAUGGAGGGGCGGGGCCGUGGAGGAGACUAGCGGCGCCCCCUCCCCCGCCCGCCUUCUCUGCCCCACCUACGCCCGGGGCCUGCAUUGAAACGCUCCGCGUUGAAACCGGUCGGCUAGACUGCAGCCUGGACCAGACUCUUCCCCCAUCCCCCUCCUACCCAGGUUUGGAGAGCUGCGGUACCCCGGUACCGGGAGGGUGCCAGAUGACCAAGACCUGGCCCCAGGGAGAGGCGAGCCAGCUCGGAGGAGUGUCCGAAGUGGAGGGGCCACUCGGAUAG